AUGUGGGGUUCCAGCAGGCACAAGUGUUUCCCUGAACAGCCCAGAGACAGUGCACUGGGUUACAGUGGCAGGACCUUGGUUCUGUGCUUCCUAGUGGAAGGGGAAGAUGGGGUCAGUCUCUCUGAACCACUUGGACUGAGAGUGGAGGAGGAGUGGUUGCCCAAAGGAAAAUUGAGGUACUAUGCUAAACACCUUUCAGACAAGCUCUUGUCCCCAAACAGGAAGCAGAAGAAAAACCAUGCCAGAAAACUGCAAGAGCUGGCAUUGCUGCUGCCCGUGGCCCUGAAGACUGGUCCCAAAAAGCUCACGAAGAAGGAGAUUCUGCUGCAUGCCCUGUACUACAUUCAGUACCUCCAGAGAAGCAUCGAUGUAGCCAAGGCCUUGCUCAAGUUCCACACCACCAAUGGGGAAGGUGGACUUGGGGGGCUGGGUCAGAACCCAGCUGCGGGCCCAGCCAGGUGGAAACACUCCACCCCCUCCAGCUCCCCGUGCUCUUGGAAGUCCCGUCUUCAGGGGGCCUGCCGGAAACCUCAGAAGAAGAAGCUGACCCGAGUGUCAGGACAUCAGACCCGGGCCCAGAAGCCUCGCCGCUCUCUGGCCUUGGACAAGCCUGAGAAGCUGGUGACCCUAGAACAGAAAGGAGGAGACGUCGGGGGGACCUCCACCCCUCCAAGAUGCCCCGACUCCUGUGGUCACCCCAAGGCUGCACCAUCCUCAUCUCAAGGUGGCAGAAAAGAAGGAAGAUCCCAGCUGACGUUGCUGGAUAUGGCUGAGAACAUCGUCUACCGUGACAUCUCAAGCUGCUGUUGCCAAAAUGGUGCCCAGGACAAUAGGCCUUCUCCCACCUUUGUGGCCCUGGAAGGUGCUGAGACACAGCCCUGCCCCAGGCAGAAGCUGGUGCUCUACGAUUCCAGUGAGGAGAUGGAUAAGGAGUCUCCAGACGCUGAUCCUUGGCUUCCUGUCUGGACCCCAGGGAGCAGCCCCCAUGGGAGCCCACUGGCCUUGGGGCAUCCCCAGAUCGAUAUCUGGAGUGUGACAGGCCACCCAAGUGAGAUCCUAGGACUUAGCCCUUCCCUCUUCAGCUCCCCGGGCAAACUGCUGCCAGAACACAUCUUGGAGGAUGGCACUGAGUAUCUGACCCAAGCUGCUCUCUUUGAAGAAGUGUUCUUAGAUCCUGAGUCUUCACCUUCUGCCUGCAUGCCUGGAGCACCACAGAGGAAGGACAUACCCUCAGAAGCUCCCGAAGACCCUCGCAACUCCCACAACCUGUACCAGUCCUCAGUCUCACUGGACCACUCCUACCUCUCACUGAGUGAGAACAGCAAGGUGCUGUCCAGCGCCAUAUCGAAGGACACCAACACAGAGUCCAAGUGGAGGCAGCAAGAGGACAUGCGGGCCGACCCUGAGGGCUUGCAGUCCUCCAGUGGCGAGGACAGAGACUAUACGUGGACCCCCACCCGGAGAUCCUCAACCCUGCCCACAGCUGGAAGAAAGGCCAGGAAGGGCCGGGCAGGCAGGGGCCCCGUGAAGCCCAAGGAGAACAAGAAAGUCCCCUGCUCCACCCAGAUGAAGAAAAAGUGUGUCAACGGCUUCAUCAUGUUCUGCAGGAUGAACCGGAAGCAGUAUAUCCGAGCCUGUCCUGGGACUGCAUCCACGGCUGCCACCAAGGAGCUGGCCCAGCUCUGGCAGAUGAUGACCGAGCAGGAGCGGAGACCAUAUUGCAUCAAAGCUCGCAGGUUUAGCCGCCAGCACAACCGCAUCGUGAAGGACAGCUCCAGCAGCGAAGACGAAGACUGGGAGACCCCCAAGCCCUUCUACCAGUUGCUGGCCAAGAAGGCCCACUCUUCCCCCUACCCGGCCUUGCCACUGCCCCCUCAUGAGUGA